CUUCUCACUCUCGAGCAGAGCUGCGUACAAAGUUCUGCGCUAGAGUGAAGUCUGAAGGCGGGGGAGGCGCCUUGACGGGGAAGGUUGCCUCUCUGAAGAGGAGAGUGGAGGGUUUCUCAUGCAGGGACUUGGGCAGAGCGUGGAUUAAGGUUGUCACCUCUCACUAAGAGUCCGAGUCUUACCUAUACUGCAGUGGAAAAGGAGGGGAUGCCAAGGAGUCCGAGUAGUGGAAAGCUGUCGUUCUCAGUCACCUAGGUGGUUCUUGCAGCAAGCUGCAAUACUUGCGCGUGAUUUGGGUUGCUGCACACCUGACUGCAGACCAGCAACUCGGUUCCAAACACCCAUUCCGUGAGAUGCUUGGCUCCUCCGUUCCUUAGCCAUGCGGCACCAACACCAUAGCAAAGGCAGGCGAGCCUCUCGCGCUGCGGUCGCACCCGUGAGCGCAAGCGAGUGGGGGGACCCCACCGGAAGCUCUGCGGCGGUGAUUGGUGCGGAGGACGGGGAUGAAGAGAUUUUGUGUCCCCUGUGCAUCGAGCCCCUGGACGAGACGGAGGUGCGAUUUAAGCCGUGCCCGUGCGGGUAUCAAGUCUGCCUCUUCUGCUACGAGCGGAUCAAGCUCGAGCUGAAUGGUCUGUGCCCCAGCUGUCGAACCGCCUAUGGAUCCCCCCAGGAAGCGAGCCCCCGGCAAUCAUCUCCGUCCUCCUCUGGCUCUUCUAACACUGCGGCAAGCACCUCUGACCGUUCGCAUACUCUAAGCGGGGGGGCAGUUCCCGUGCAAGGUUCCGACUCUCUUGAACCAUCGCAGCUGCCUGAGCCGGCACCUGCGCUGCCAAGAACCCCAUCAUUGCAAGAACUCCCGGACGCGUCCCCAGCGCCUCAGAGAGCUCUGGAAAAUGCGAGUUCAGAAGAGCCGGGUUUGUUGGAGAUAGCAAACAGAGGUCAGGCUGCCGCACCUGGGGGGAUCCCUUCGGAAGCCUCGGGAGAGCAGGCGAGCAGCAGUAAUUCUUCCAGAGCCUACCAUGCAGAAGCACCCGGUAGCAGCAAUGGGAACCACCGAAUGGGUGGCCCCCAGAAAGCAGUGCCUCAAAAAACAUCCCAGGUCGUUUGGGGUCAGACGCCGCUCCAGGGUGGCCCAAGCACCAGCGGAAGCGGCCCCCCGAACUGGGCGAGGCCUGGGCAGGCGCCGUCGGACGUCCACAGGGUGCGGCAGAAUGCGUCCGAGGCGGCAGUGCAGUCAUCGGUGGGCUUUUCUUGGGGCCCACCCGUGGUGACGUCGCAGCUGACGUCAGCGGACGCCCGACGGCGGCAGCCUCCCGAUUCUCAUGUGGUGGAAAAUGCCAAGGCCGUCAAGGAGGUGGUUAGGAACACGGCUAGUGACGGGGGGGGAAACGUAUGGGGAAGCGGGUCUAUUACUGCAGCGUCGGUGUUGAAAGGGGGGUCUGUUUCGCGGUCGGAGACACCCCCCCAACCCGUUCUGGUCGCAUCGUCCUUUCCAAGCCUGUCGGCGGGGGUUCCGAAGCCCCAAAACCCUGCUCGGAAGCCAGGAAAGCGGCCGAGGACGCCUGCGGGAAAGGUGAAUCGAAACGGGGGGUUGGGCCCUCCCAGUGCAAGCGCCAGUCCAAGUGUGACCCCCCAAAACAGUCGGCCAGGGACUCCCCUGGUAGAGAACGGGUCAGAGGAGAGGACUUUGGAGAGGGAUGUCUCUGGUUCCGGGGGGUUGGAGUUUCCGAGUGGGACUGCAAAGACGGCUGCAGGGGUGGGAAUAGGUGUUGGUGUGAAUGCGCACUUUGGGACGCACAUGCCUGUGCCUGCAGCUGCAUUCGCGGGUGUGAGUACUGGCUUGAAUGGUUCUCCUGCUUUGGACACAGUCCUGGGAGCAAACGCGGGCGGUAGAAAGGAGGACGGCGCGGCCGCUCUGAACCUUCUCACGAGCAAGCACGGUCGGAGCCUGAGCGAAGACGUACUUCGGGGAUUCGAGGGCUUGCGAUCAGAGGGGGGGUCCGCAAACGGUCUCCACCGCCCCACGUCGAGUGGGGGGGUGCAGGCGUCUACAUCGCGGCUCUUUUCGGGGGGGUACGGUUUACACAGGAGCCUAAGCAGCCGGGCGAGCAGUGUUGCGAGCGAGGAUUCGGGGGGUUCUGGCUCGCCUGCCAGAGGGGGGGGUUUCGGAAAGAGUGUGUAUGGGGCGGCGCUGGGUGGGGGGACGGUUUCAGGGGGGAAUGGGUGGUCGGUUGGAGCGGCCUCGUCAAGGCAGUACAGCGAGGGGUGGACUCCCGAAGCACUGGCAAAGGCUCGCGCGAUCAUCGCCGCGGCCCGGCUGGCCCAAGUCGGCCCCCCCUCCGCUCCGCCCCCCAUCCACGCAUGGCCCGCACACCCUGAACUCCAGUCAACCGGCGCCCCUCUUUCAGUGUCACAACCGGCCCCCCCGUCAUCCGACCCCCUCUUUUCCGCCAAGUCAGACGACAGCCUCUUGCGCCAGCUUGCCGAAGUCGGGGGACCCCUCGCGAGGCAGCUGAGUGGGCUCGCCGUCUCUGACGUCAGCGAAAACGUCGGCAGCGGCGGUCUGUUCGCAAUGGGGGGCCCGAGGCAGGGCGGUUUUGUGGGGGGGGACGGAGGAGGGGAGAAGGCGCGGGUGCCGCGCUCGCAGGGGGGGUCGCUCAGUCGGUCGAGCAGCCGGCAGAACAGCCUGGAGCGGGUCGUCGAGUCGUCGGUCUUGCACCUGGUGCGCGAGUGCGAGUCUGGCGCGGAAACUUCUGGAGAGAUCCUCCCCGACAACCCCUGGCAGGCGCCGCAGCUCUACCGUUCCGUCGGGGGCACAGUGAAACCGUCAAACCCUACCGGGUUUGACACUGCACCCGGGUUAAGCACUAACGCAUUUCAGGGGGGUUCGGUCUGGAACGAUCCUUUUGGUUCCGGUGCAGCUUUUGGAACCCCCUCCGAUCAGGGUCUAGGGUUAGGUGGGUUAAGGACCGCAGGGUUUAACGGAACCGGUUACUCGUCGUUCCUCGGGACGGGGGUGUCGGGAUCCGCCCCUGCUGUUCCAGCGGCCAUCCAAGAGGCCUUCAAUCGGCCCAUCCCGCCCGCUAACCCGGCCCCUAACCUGGCGGCAAACCCGUUCAAACCAGGGGAGAUUCCGGCUCCCUUCAGCUUCGGGUCAACGAAACCCCCGACUGGUCUUGCCAAUAACAGCAGCCCGAUCAGCCCCCUAGGAAACCUCCCCCCCUACCCAGCGCCCUCGUUCUUCGGCGCCCCCAACCAACAACAGCCGUUCGGUUCCCCCCCGUUCGCAGCGUCUGCCCCUCCCCAUGGAAUGGCCACCAGCCCCUCUUCGUUCAAAUCCGCACACUCGUUCUUCGACCAGGACUUUUCCUCCUCCCGCAUACCGCACCCGGACGCGUCCAUUCAGCAGCUCCCCCUCCCCGCCUCGCAUUCCCCGCUUUUCUCUUCCGCGGGGGUAAACUCCGCCGAGAUGCCCAUCCUCCCCAGCCCGCCCCUCGUGUUCUCCCCCCCGGGGGGCAACGACCUCCAGUUCCUGGGCGGUAGCGGACCCCCCCACCAGUUUUCAACAAACCCCGCCCCCUCGUUGUCGCUCAACUUCGAUGAUCCGGGGCCCCGGGGGCCAACUCGCGCAAGCGCAAACCGCAGGUCCGGGUCGCGCUUCUUCAAAAACGUGAAGGACGACUCCGGGGGGGGCGGCGGCUCAGGGGGAAUCCUCGGGAACGGCCCACCGUCGAUCUUAGGGAUGCCCGAGCAACCCCUGCCGGGAUCCCCCUCGGCGCUUCGGAAGAUGCGUGACGUCGGCGGGGGCGGUGCAAACUCGUCGUCUCCUAAGUCCGGCUCUCCCCGCUCCCCUAGGACACCGAAAGGGACUGCGAGUCCCGUUGUGAACAUAAGUGCGGCGCAGGCAGCUGCGGCUGCGGCACAGACUGGUCUGCAACUCGGAAGCAGCCAUCUGGGCGCGGUUCAUAGUGAGCACUCGGCGGCUAGGUCGCCCAAAGCGAAGUCCCAUCGUGCGCAAGAGUAUACUGCGGCACACAACGGGCAGGCAAGACGGAAGCCGAUGGGGGAGGGCUCCAAGCAGGUGCCUACAGUGCAUCAGUUGGAAAGAGGGGCCCCCAACGGGCUGGGAGGAUCCGGAAUCAGUCGGGCGUGAUUUUACAGAUUGCGACGUGGAAGACGACCAGUCGACUUCCCCGCCACAUUCAUAACAAGUAUUUGAACCUUGGAUAGGCUACGUGUGAAUAACUGGCAAGUAGUUGUACGUUCGCUUGGUCAUUUUACUGGCAUCCUGGAAAACGUUGGAACGCACUGUGGAUUCUCUUAGCAUCGACCUGUAGCAGCGCUUGCAAUCAACUCCCAUGGACGGUUGCUGCCAAACAGCCCGUGAAAUCUGCUGAUGAUGCUGAUCAAUGCGGGA